GCUAAUUUAAACAUCCUUUUGACAAGUAUUGCUAGCUUAACUCAAAGUGUAAAUGAAAUAAAAACUAUUUUAAAUUCUUCAGAUAUGAAAAGUCAACUUGAGAUAAUAAAAAAUUCAAUCGAUUCUUUAAAACAUCGAUUUGCUAUUUAUAAACAAAACCAAAAUGAGUUUGUAACUACUAUACAAUGUAUUAGCAGUAAACAUGGAAUUAAAAUACAAUGCUUUGAAGAUAUAUUAAUGACCACAACUACUACAUUAGAAAAUUUAUUAACUUCUACUUCAGCACUUCAAGAUACUAUGAACAAUAUGUUAUUCCAUAUUGUCAUGACAAUAAUAUUUCAAAUGCAUUAUGUUAAUGGAUUUGAUCUUGAAUCUCAAUUUCAAGAUCGUAAUUAUAUAUAUGACUUUGAACUUGGUUCUAAAAACCAGAAAAACAAAAGAAUUACUCACAACUAUGUGAAUCUCUUUAUUAAAGAAUUUGACAUCCAAUUUGAAAAUACAC